CUAAUACAGGUAUUUGUGAGUCCGAUCUCGUGGCGUGGACCGAUGGAAUUGAAUGAAGAAUGGACUGAGCGCACGGCGCGGACAGUGCUGAAUGAGCUGAGUGACACAUCAAUCGCAAAACGUCUAUGUGUGCAAAUCACGGAAAAAUUGCGACAAUCCCAUGAAAACUUUCUGACAACUCUGCGACGUUUGGAAGUACGCACGGAAAUUCGAAACUGUCGAUUCGAAGAGGCUCAGGAAAACAUACUGAAACAACACGCACCUCGACUGUCCCGUGUCGCGCUGGACACGUCCGCACUUCGAUCCUACCUGCAAUUCGGAUUGCCAGUAUUAGGAAAAGAAUUGGGUAGAGGACAAUACGGAGUUGUCUAUGCCUCUUCCCAAUGGGGUGGGUAUACGCAUUUGGCGGUCAAAUCUGUAGUGCCCCCGGAUGAAAAACAUUGGAAAGAUCUGGCUUUAGAAAUCUAUUACAGCCGGCAAAUACCCGAGCAUGAACGGAUUGUCACGAUGUAUGACAGCGUGAUUGAUUACGACCACGGCCAUGGUACUCAGCCGGCAGUUUUGGUAAUCAUGGAGCGAUUGGUUCGUGAUCUGCACACAGCCAUUAAGCAAAAUUUACCGUGGCUUCGACGUCUCGUUGUGGCCCGUGAUGUGGCCGAGGGAAUGCGCUUUUUGCACAGUCAGGGGCUAGUUCAUCGAGACAUCAAACCAAGAAAUGUGUUACUGGACUCGCACGACCGAGCCAAACUGACCGAUUUGGGAUUUUGUAAACCGUACGCCAUGAUGGGCGGAAGUAUUCUCGGCACUCCAAUGCACAUGGCACCUGAGAUAUUUGAACAGACCUACGACUAUUCGGUGGAUAUUUAUGCCUUUGGAAUUCUGUUUUGGUAUAUAUGUGCCGGCAAGGUUCAGAUGCCGCGCAAUUUUGAGCAAUGCGGUGAUAAAGACGGUCUUUGGCAUGCUGUGAGAAAAGGUGUUCGACCAGAACGAUUGAAGAUAUUCACAAAAGAAUGCUGGGAGUUGAUGGAACAAUGUUGGACACGAAGCGCUCGGAAAAGGCCGCACUCGGGGCAUAUCAUGGACGCGUUAGAUCAGAUUUAUCGCAAAGAACUACAAAAAGCCCAGCGCAUCUCGAAUGGCUACAACUUACAAGAGGGGAACAAGUGA